GUUGAAUGACGUGCUGGAGUUUGGGGUCUGCAUCCUGAACGUUGAACGUUGAGGAUUGGGCUGUGCAUUGCGCUGACGCUUUCGGGCGACCGCAACGAUGACUGAAGAAGCAGAAGGAAGUUCCCCGCUCACUCCGAAGGAUUAUGAGAUCCAGAGUAUGUCGACUGGGAGCCCAGAAGGGUGGUUUCUGAUCAUAGGCUUGGGAGAGGACUUCUCUUCUGUCAAAUCAGUGGCUCAUUCAGUUCAUGAUUGUGGCCAGCAGCUCGGGCUUAGCAGAGCUGCCUGACUGGAUUGGUCCACACGCCAGACCAAACAAGCCUUCUGGAGAUGCGUGACGCACUGUGAGCGUGAACUGUCGUGCCAACUCAUUGCUACUAUCUGCCGACAGCCGACUCUAGGCCCGUCAACAUGUCGUUGACAACACAAUGUGGCUUUUCGAUUGCAAAAAGCGGAUGCAGUCGGCAUGGACGAUUGAUGGGGAUCUCCCGUAUUGGCUGGGGAGUUCUCUUGGGCUUGCUUGGCACCGCUGGGGCUCUGAUCAUACUUUCAUUGUCUCAGAGAUCAUUCACUUUGAACUUAGAUAUCCUAAAAAGCAUGAAGGACGGAUGGGCACCAUUUCAAAUUGGGUCGAUCCAACAGCGAUCAUUGGGGCAACUCAAACUUGAGCAGAAAUGGGAGGGGAGGCCUCAUCAUAGCGAUGGGGGUACAAUUCUCCCUGGUGCUGUGAGGAAGAUACUGGACUCUGGGCGAUCUGACGUGGACGUAGAGAGCAUAGCUGUUUCAGACAGCGUCAGAAAGAGGGAGGCAAGCCUCCCUCUCUCCCUUAACGUGAUCGACGUUUCUACUAUGCAGGAAUUGAACACUGGCCAUGAGGGUCAGGCUCGCAGCCAGCAGGAGGACGACAAACUUCUUGCUUCUCUUAUUGCAGGAGAGUCGGACAUUGAUACACAGGAAAAUAAAACUGUCCAUGUGGGUCAUGUUCGCAGCCGGGAGGAUGAGGGCAAAUUCCUUGCUUCUCUUAAUGCAGGAGAGUCCAAUACCCAUAGCUAUGACCAUGAGACUGGGAAAAGCAGUUGGAUAUGGAACCUCAUGCCUUCCAGACCGGACGGUCUGUAUGGUCAUGCUCCUGGGUGCUUGUCAUGUAAUGAACAUGUGGCAGAUGGUCCUCAGAUUAAGAAGAAAACCACUGAUGUUGCUGUUAGUGCCAGUGCCUCUGCCACAAGGCACAUCAGUGCAGGCGCACGUGCACGCCUGCGGCUGUUGUCCAUGAAAGACCACAGUAGCAUCAAGGGCCGUAGCAGCAGCUCUCAAUCCAUAUUGGAGAACCUGGCCUCUACUGAAAGGGUGUUGAACUCUCAACCGAUUCAUAGAACAACGUAUGAAGCUGUCACGAGCAAAGAGGAAUCACAAGAACGGUUUCAAGCAGUCCCAUAUGGUGACGAUGCCUCCAUAGAUUCAAGAAGGGGCACAUCAUCUGGACACUUGGGGAUCAAAGCAAGAGAAGGCUUGCAGCAGGAGUCCCAUCUCAAGCCGGAGGCAGGUUCGUCGCCAUGGGUACGGGGUGACAUGGAGAAAUCUGCCCCCACGGAACAUCUCCAACCGAUGGGACAGGUAAACCCCCUUUCCAGAGUUCUUCGAUAUGCUUCACGGGUCCUUACAGGGUAUUGGGAUAACUUCCCUGGACCACAGGAUUCCGACAUGCUUGAUCCGUUUGAUGGAAGUAAUACUGGUCAGACAGGAGACACCCAAGACAACGGUGACAAUGCUGCUGCUGAUGAUAACGCCAAGGAUUCUCGCGGAAACCCUGCCUCUACCAACUCACCACAAGUCCCGGGCACGGUAUAUCCAGGGAUCCCUGGUAUGUUUGGGAACUCGCAACAAAUCCCGGGCACAGUACUUCCAGGGAUCCCUGGUAUGUUUGGGAGCUCUCGAGUACCAGGUACUGGUGGUUCCCUUCAGGGUGCAGGUACUUUCUCCACCUCCAACCUUCCCGGUGUGUCCUCGCAUAUCCCUGGAGGUGCAAGCCUUCCUGACGGAAUGGUUUCGGGAGGGCUUUUCCAAGUACCUGGGAGUGGUUUUCCUGAAAAUAUUCCUGGGGCCAGUAUCCCAGAAACUCUUCCUGGUAGCUCUCUUGGCGGUGGUGUCCCUGGGAGUGUUCUCGCUGGAGGUAUCCCUGGGAUGGGAGGUGUUCCUGGAACUGGUGUCCCUGGAACGGGAGGUGUUCCUGGCACUGGUGUUCCAGGAACGGGAGGUGUUCCUGGAACUGGUGUCCCUGGAGCAUAUGUUCCUGGCAAUGUUCCAGGGAAUGGUGUUCAAGGAAAUUCUCUUGGAAGUGCUCUUGGGAGUGCUGUUCCAGGCAAUGCUGUCCCCCAAGUUCCUGGGAACAGUCCCCCGGGACUUCCAGGUACUGUUGUUGGUUCUCAGUUUCCAGGUGACCUCAGUUCUCGGGUUCAAGGCGGAACAGCUGCUGACUCCAAACUAUCUGGAAAUGUCAUUCCUGGAGUAUCAGGAACAUUUUACAGUCCCCAAAUUCCUGGGACCGUUGGCUCACAAACCGCUGUCCAGGGGCAAGUGCAAUCACUCCCUGGCGAUCUCUCUGGGAAUGGUGCUAUUCCUGGGCUUGACCUUGCAGCUUAUUUGGCUGGUAGAACGGUUGCAUGGCCGUCUCCAAGAUUGUCAUAUCCACCGCCUCCAAGUGUUCCCCCUGCAUCUUAUGCACCCAGAAGUUCCAGCGAAAAACGAACGCGAACACCACCUCCACCUGCCCCAAAAAGUUCAAGCGAUGUGGCAGUCUCCCCGGAGUCGCAGCCUUCAAUGUAUCCAAGGGGGUUUCUACUGGAUGGAAUGUCAUUGUCAUCUGCCUCUCUUCCUGCUCUUGUUCCCGAUUCCCUCUUUGGACCUGUCUCAAGCAGCGAGCCGAGUGUGAUGAUAUCCGCAGCUGGGGAGCUGAUUACAUCACACAGACAGGUGGCUGUGGCCUCAUUGCCACUGGUGAAUGGCUCAGAUUUCGGCAACACAGUGACCCCGAAAAUAGCAGUCAGUUCUUCAGAAGCGUGGCCGUCCCCAAGUCCAGCACCUGCGCCAAGUCCAGCUCCUGUAAUUGAGAGUCUGCCCGCUGUGCUGAAUGACACGACCUGGCUGAACGGAUCGUAUCCAGUGGCUGGAUUGGACAGUCGUCCUGUUCUUGACCCCAUACCGGGAGAGAUUGCUCCAGUGCAGAUGCCAAAUGGCACCAGGGCAGGGCUCCCAAUAACCAAGCUUCCGCUGCUGUAUCUUCCAUCAGAAGCUCAACCAAACUUUAUCGUUGCUGCAGAUGGCAGCGGUGACUUCACUACAGUUCAAGAGGCCAUUAAGGAAGUGCCUUCGGAGUCUCAAUUUAAUGCCCGGUGGGUGAUCCUGCUUAAGCCUGGAGUUUACUACGGUAGGGUAUGGAUACCAGCAAAUAAGCCAUUCAUUUCACUCAUAGGGUGGGACCGGAAUACGACCAUUAUAACGUUCAAUUCAGAAUCGGGUGAGGAGUCGAACGGCAGAACUUCUCGAACUGGCAUUCCACUAACGACAGCAUUCACUCCGACGGUGGUUGUUGAUGGUCGUGGAUUCAUAGCUUAUGGGAUUACCUUCCGAAAUGAUGCCCCGAGGCCUCUGAAGAACUCGAUAAUCAGCAAAGCUGUUGCGGUCCGAGUGUCUGCCGACCAAUCGGCAUUUUACAGCUGUGCUUUCAUUGGCUGGCAAGACACGUUAUAUGCCCGUAAGGGAAGGCAGUAUUACGAGAACUGCAAUAUUUGGGGCAGUGUUGACUUCAUCUUUGGCAAUGGAGCAGUGUUAUUCAACAAUUGCACCAUUUAUGUGAGAGGCUCGGGCUGGAUAACCGCACAGACAAGGAGAGUAAGGGAGAGCAGGACAGGUUUUCUGUUUUAUGGAGGGUACAUUGUACGGGCGCCUGAUGCGGAUUCUAGUUUAAUGUCGUUCCUGGGACGGCCGUGGGGGUUCUUCUCAACGGUCAUCUAUGCCAACGUCUUCAUUGACGGCUUCAUCCUAGGCGAGGGAUGGGGUAGGUGGCCGGGACGUGAGUCACAUGUGCUGUUUGGAGAAUACAACACUUAUGGACCUGGAUCGUUUGCUGCCAAUGCGUCUUACAGAGUCCCCUUCAGCUGGUUGUUUACUGACAGGGAAGUGGCACCGUAUUUGGGAAUGCCAGGAGACCGACCGGGAUUUGCGUUCAUAUCUGGUAACCUGUGGAUGGAAAUUCCUCCUCUAAUUCCUCCUCCCCCUCCUCCUCCCCCUCCUUCUCCACCGUCUCCUCCUCCUGCUCCUGCACCCGCACCUGAAGUUACUAUGGAAGCUCUAGCUCCAUUGCCCACUUCUCCCCCUCAAGAUUUCCCUCCUUUCUCCAUGCCAUCUCCGUCUCCCUUGUCUUUCCCGUUGGAUGGCGAUGUGGUGCUGUAGGCAUUCUGGAGAGCGCACUUCUUACUCCUCUCUCCCCACAGAUGCCAUGACAAGCGCAGACGCCUCGCUAAGCCUUGGCUUUCGCCAGCAGCCCAUCCCUCCCUACAAGCAGGCAUCCAGCAAGCUGAUGCUUGGCUGUGAGAGGGUCUCCUUCCCUCCCUUCUACUCCCAUAACCUUCGUCGAAUACUGCCAGCUAGUUCUUCUGCAAGCGUUCUGGCAGGCCCUGGUAGACCAUCUUUUGCCGCUCCCUUCUCCAUCUUUUGGUCCUCAGGAGGUGUGCUGGUGCUCCUGAAAUCUUUUUGGUCGUUGGCUGGAGUUGAAAGGGGAGGGUACAGAGAAAGAAGAAAGAAAAGCAAGACGAUUUGUGAAGUUCUUGACUCUCAGGUCUCAGAGUCAAAGUCCGUAUACCACCCUGAAUGGCAUUGAGCUGAAACCUGGUAGACCAGAAUGGCCAGAUCAGGUCAGGACUCGUGGGAUUCAUUUCUGACCAAUCUGGAUCGACCUUCAACACAAAUUGAUUCUUGAUUCCACUCUGAUCAAACUGGAACUGGAUGUAAGUAACGUCCUUGGUGGGUCGAGUUGGACGACGAAAUUCAAAUUGGAGUGGAGCUGGUCCAUCUAAAUCCCCACUGGGGUAAACUCUUUUCCAACGAGAUCCAAAUGGGACCACAGCAGGUAAAAAUGGAUGCCAUCUGCAGUCAUAUCUGGUUCAACUGAAUCCAAGUUAAAUUGGAGGCCUGAACCAGGUCUAGGUGUGGUGACGGCUUCCCUUCAGAACAGGUGUGUGGGAAACGUAAUGUGCACAUGAAUGGGGUUGAAGCGGAGGAGAAAUGAGACCCUCAAACGGAUCGCGCCAAUAAUUACUGCUCCCACCAGGGCAAUGUGUACACAUAAUCCCAGUGCUAAAAACUGUAGCAAGUCACAGAUCUCUCGUCUUGCCAGGUGAAACUCCACCAAG